GGCUGGCACCACUUCCUGAAUAGCACGUGUGUGCACUGGGAAAGAUGUAGCUAGAGACCUGGAAAAAGAAUGUGGCAAGGACUGAGGCAUAGACGGGAAGAUGUCCACUUUCCCUGAGGAGUUACAUUUUUCUCAGACUGCUGCUGCACCUUCUGUAUCACUCCCUCUUCUUACUGCCAACUGUUGCUAGGAUGAGUGAGAAGGACUGGCCCUGGGACUGGAAACAUGGCUUCUUUUUACAAGUGCAUCAGAGGGGACUCAAGUGACUGUAACAUGAGUUCCACAAGGAUAAUGGACUCCAAACUGCGAGAGGCUGAAGGAUUUGGUGAAGACAAUUCAGGAAAGAAAAAGUCAAAGUUCAAAUCUUUCAAAAAGUUCUUUGGUAAAAGGAAAAGGAAAGAGACCUUACCAUCUAUGGGGACCAGCCGUUUGAACCCAUGCCAGUCAUCCAGUGAUGUCAUGGCCUCAGAGUCUGCGCACAUAAGCUAUGAUUCUGAAGAUGAACUUGAGAACCACAAAGGUGUCAUGGGAAGCAGAGCUUUGUCACAUGACAGCAUUUUCAUUCCUGAGGCUGCGCAAGAACCAUGUAGGCCAGUACGAGUGUUUUCUCAGGAAAACAUUUCAGAUCGGAUUAGAACUUUACAGUUGAAACUCCAGCAUAAUUUGAAACUGGGUCCUCCUCCUCCAUCGGGAAUUCUUGUGAAGCGGGUGGAUGAUGCUGGAGCCAGUUCAGAAGAUGAUGGAUUACCCAGAAGUCCUCCAGAAAUGUCUUUGAUACAUGAAGUACUUGGUUCCAACACAACAAGGUUCUCUGACUCUCACAAGCAUCUUAGCUCUUUGAGUUUAGCUGGAACAGGCAGUGAAGAAGAAGAACAGGUCACAUCAGGUCCUUCUUCUAGACCUCGCUCAACAGAAGGUCAACUAUUCCCUAAGCAUGUGAGUGCUAAAACUAGAUCUCCCCGAACAUCUGACAGCAGCAUUUCACCUGCAGCUGAUUUUGACACUCCGCCCAAGUACUCCACUUGCUUGGAUAACUCUGCUGCUAAACACAAGCUUUUAAUAAAACCACGGAACCAGAGAUCUAGUAGAAUGCGAAGAUUUUCUUCGACCCAGUCUGAAUCUCUGAAUGACUUGAGCUGUACUCCAGAAGAGGAGGAGCAUGAUGGAAGAGAGAUACUGACAGACUUGACAGAUGAAAUCCUCAAUACCAGUCAUCAGGAUCUGUCAGGCAGCACAGCUGUAACAUGUGACAUGCCUUCCUUGCAAAGAGCUGAAAUACCUGCAGACUUUUCCUAUUGCUUAGGACAGACAGAUGAAAGGCCUUCCUCACUGCAAUUCACUGCUGAGUCUGCCAUCAGACAAAAAGUCUUAUUACCUGAGAAUAAUCCUGAGUUAUGCCAAACUGCACAGGAAUUAACAUACCUUGCAUCAGAUUAUCCAUCUCCCUUAGAACCUAAAGAAAAUUCAAUUACAUGGAGUGGGAUACAGAAUAGAGAAAUGCAAAGGGAAAGAAAAUGCUCAGAAACACUGAAUAUUUCCAUGGGGAAUGUCUAUGAAGUGUCAAAUGAUAUUAUGAAUCAAGAAAAUAAACAGCUUCCAAAUGUGCCUCUAAUUAAUAAUAUGCUGUCUGAAGGGGAUGCUCCAACCCAUCAGGAUAUUUCUUCUUGUUUGGAAGGGUCAAAAGACAAAGGGCAGAAGGAUAAGAUAUCUGUGGAAACGUUCUGUAAUAUGGAGGAAAAGAGAGAAUCUGCUGUAUUCUCUGGGUCCUGCAAGCAGCUACCCGAAGGUCCUUCUCAGCAUGCCUCACAGCCUGCUUUAUCACAGGCAGGGGCUUGUGCUGCCUGGUCUCUGGAAAAGAAGUCCAUUCAGGAGCCAGCCAUAUCUAAUGAAGAAAAUAAUCAGUCACUAAUACAAAGAGAGACAAUUUUGGAGAGAAAGGGGGAGAAAGCAGCCACUGGACCCAUUGCUUUGAGAAAAUUUUCAGUGUCAUCAGCAUGGGAAAGGCCAAGGACUAGCAGCUUUCACUUGAAAGAGAGUUCAGAGUAUGAAAGUUUAUUAAACUCCAGAUUAUCUCUGCCCAAACCAAACCUCUUACAAAAUGAGAAGUCAAAAGAGGAAGUGCAGAUGGGAUCAGAUCUGCAAGAGGGAAAAAGUAGAAAUAAAAUGCGGGCAUUGUUGCCAGAGUCUGACUGUGAGAUCACUGGCCAUGCUAUGGAUAAAAUGGUGUCUGGCUGUGUUUCUCAGGUGGCUGAUGAGAUUUCUAUGCCAGCUGAUUCUUCUCUGGUAUCCCAGCAUCGGUCAAGCUGUGAAGAUAAGAAUCCUUUUCAAGUAAAAUUUAGGUCCACCUCACUAUCCUUGAAAUAUGGAGACAGCUCUUCAUCAGAAGCAAAAGGGAUUAAAAGAUACAGUGCAGAGUUUAAUGUGGACAAAGAAGGGUUGACUUCAUUUUUAAAAGGUGAAAAAGCACAGAUAAAAACAACAGCUGAUGUAAAUAUCAGUGUCUCUUUAAAUGCCAAUCAAACGCCUAAAGCAAAAUCUCCUGAACAGCUUAACACAAAACCUCCAUUGCCUAAGAAGCCUAUUUUGCAAAAUAUAACAAAUUCAAACAAGGAAAAACAGGAAAAUGGCAUUAAAUCUCCUGAAUCCAGAAAUGAAGAUAGAGACUUGGAGAAAAAAUUAAGUCGUCCUCAAGUGCCUGAGAAAAGUGUGCCUUCUUUAGUGAUGACAGCAGACUCUGGAAGAAGAAUAGACAGUGAGUCAAAGCCAGCCUGGAUUACAAUAGCAAGACAGAAGCAGAGGGGUAUGCAGCAGGAACAAGAGCUUAAUACAGAAGAGAAACUUGUGGUUCAAGAUAUGAAAUCAGAAACAGAAAAAGCAAACCAGGAAAAGGAAAGAACAGAGGGGUCAGUGAAGCAACAAACAGAUUCCAUCAGGAACAAAUUUUCAGAUUCAGCCACUACUUCUGAAGAACAGAGGAAAGAAACAAAGUCUGACGUGAAAGAACCACUGCCAAGAGCCAGCUUGCUGUCGCAUCAUGUCUCUGUGUUGAUGGAAAAAGAAGAAAUAAGCCAGUGUAAGAAGGCCAGUCAUUCUGCUCCAGAUCAGCCAUCCUGGAUGGAACUUGCCAAAAAGAAAUCUCAAGCUUGGAAUGAUAUGCCACGGAUUAUAAAAUAGGAGUCUGCACCUUGGACCAAGCAUCUGCUGCUUUGGAUAAUGUUGUAGUCAUCUUUUUUUAAUGGCUUUAGACCAGGUAUUUGCAAUGAAAAUCUGUGGAACUUGAGAAGGGCUUUAUUAUAAAGCUGUGGAGAAAGAGUGCAAUAAGUGCAAUCAAAAAGCUUACCUUAACCUCUUGUAGCAAUCAGGAUGGUACUAGAAAUGGUUUAAGCCACUUUAAGGACAUUGUUUUUCAAAUUUUUCUGCAAGAUAUAACUUUCUGCCUUAUAUGGUACGUGUAUUUUCCCCUCUCUAAUGAUAUUUGCAUAAAACCAAGGUCUUUGUAAAGCCACGUGGAGCUUCUGGAUGUAAACGUGUUUGUUAAACUUUCUUAAUUUUAUGUUUGUCAGUUGUCCGCUAACAUUUUGAUUUUCUGAAUUUGUCUGGUAUAUCUUUUAACUGAGGUGUUUGGACCAAGGGAGUACUCACGAAUUUUAUUUUUAGUGAGUAAGCUAUCAAACAUUCACUAUGCGGAAUUUGCUCUUUGGGCUAUGUGAUUGGUUAGCUAAGGUGCUUGGUAUGGUUUAUAAUAUGUUAAUUUGUGCAUGAGUAAACUUGUUUGAGGAAUUUUCAUUCAUUUUCAUGCACAGAUAUUUGUGUGAACAAAACUCACCGCAGAAAUGGUCAUAGAAAAGUGAGUAAUCGGGAAGCAAAUUCAGAUUUGAAUCAGAAUUGGAAUUCCAUACAUAUAUUUAUGAAUAUUUUUUUUUCCUAGAAUUCACCCAGCUGCUGCUAUUCUUUCUUUAUGAGAAAAAUGGCUUGUGGUAUGAUAAUUAGUGCUUAUGGUAUGUUUAUGAUACCAAGGAUAAAGAUUAUGAAUGUAGAUAAAGAAUAUUAAGCAUGACCACAUGGUUGGAGCUUCACCUCAGUGGUUAAAAAAGCAAGAACUGGACAAUUGAGGCACUUCUGAGCUCUAUGACCACAUAAACUUAAUUCCCUUCUUUUCCUCCUGCCUCUACACAUGAAUUGUAAUAAGAAAUGGAAAGUUCAUUAUUCCUUCCCACACUGGAUUAAGACUGCCAUUUUCUUUGUGCCCUCAACUCCAGUUCAGUAUUCUGUUCAUGAAGUCUAGUGGGACUGUCUAUGCUGCCUGUGUAGCGCUGAUAUGGGAAAUAAUGGCUGCUAGUUGGCAGAGUUCACACGAAAUACUGUGUUCUGCCUGUUCUUUGGCUGUACGAUCUCAGCUAAAAGAAGCUAACAACAAUCUGUUAGCAAAUGUCCUAAGAUCAAUGUGUUUUUGUUAAGGCAAGUGUUCUUCACUCUUGUAAGAAUGUUACGUGAAAGCUAUGGGGUGGUUUUAUUGUGUUAGGAGGUGGAGGGGACUUUCUUAAUCUCUUAUAAAUUUGUGGUUUGUUUGUAUUUUGUUUUUGGGGGGUUUUUUUGUUGUUUUUUUUUCUUGGAACACUAACAACCUUUUCAGAUAUGUAGGGAGACUGUCACUUAGAAUUUCCUGUUUUUCUGAUGCUGGAAACCACGUGUCCUGGGUCGGUGUGGGGGAUGGAAAAACACUGGGUGUAGAAGCAACUUUAACCUUUUAAUGAAGAUUUUUGCGAGUGAAUAAGACAUCAAAGCUUCUGAAUGCUUGGAACCAGUUGUGUUGUUUCAGGCAGGUCUCCUUAGUAAUAGAAAAUGAGGGUGGGAGAGUCUAGAAACACUAUUUUUCUUCAAAGAAUAAAAACUAAACUUUUUUUAAAAAGACAAAUGCCAUCAUUUGUAUCAUGAAAUUAAAAAAAAAUGCUUGUUAGAGCCUUUUGCGACAGGAGCAACCUAUAUCUGUAGUUAAAGGACCUGAUACUGCAGUACCGUUCUUAGGCAGAACUUCUGUUGAUCUCAUUGGAAUUACAAAUUUCAAGGCAACAGUUCUUGUAAGUGUUUGAAAAUCAAGAGCAGCAGUAGUUGUCUAAGUUAUGCAGUGUUAAGGGCUGACUUCUGUGAAUUUUUGGAUGAUCUAAAAAAAGUGAAGACUUUCCUUACGUUAUAUGUAAAAAGAUGUUUGAGAGCAAAGGUCAGAUUUAUAUUUAAACUGCCACAAAGCUGUUUGCACAGUCAACCUUCACCUUGUUCCUUGUUACUGUGCGUUUAUAGCAUAGUCUUUAAUCAUGAAUUUUUCAAACCAGACAAUUUAUACUAUAUGUUUGUGUUAAAUGUGCUAGAAUAUGAAAAGACCAUUUUUAGGUACCGUUAAAAUAUCAUUAAACCCGCCCCCAUAAAUAAAAUUUUGCUUUAUGAUUUUCACACGGUUUUUUACUUAAAGACUGUAUUGCAUCUUGCAGCAUUCCUGAGACAGCCCUAAAAGAAAACUGUAAACACAUCUGAAUUUUUUUUUUUAAAUCUAUGUUAUUUGAUUAUUACAUGCUCCAAGCCUCACUGAAGAGUAGAUUGCUUUCAGGACAUUAACUUGAAGAGCCAAGAUUCAUGGUUUGUUAUCCUUCUUCUUAGUUUUCUCUACUAAUAAUUAUUGAAAGCAGGUCUGAUCACUGCUGAACCUCUAGGUUGUGAGUACUGUAACUACAAAGGGAAAGCAUCACAUUCUUCCUCUCUGUUAUUGCUAGACGGACGUUCAGGAUAGUGAAGAUCUGUAGUAGAGUCUGUUCAAAUUUCCUUCACAAGUACCAGUUACAAAAAAAAUAGAUCUCUCACAUAUGAGAGAGUUCUAAAAAAACAGUUCUUCUAUAUUUCUCAAUGGUACAUGCAGCUCAAAUAUUAAUGCAGUGUUUUUUGUUUGGUUCUUUAAGUGUUUUGGGUGAAAUCCUAGUGCCAUUGAAGUCUGUGAGUUUUGUCAGUGAGCUCAGUGUGAACAAGGUGUGCUGACUCCCACUAACUUGGCUUAUAUUUAUCUUUUUUUUUUUUUUUUAACGAUUGAUGGUUUGUAGCAGGAGUAGUAGCAAUUGGCUACUGUGGGCAUGCUCUUGGAUCCAUGGACGCCAACAACAAAACUUCCACUAUUUCAGUGGAAACAAGCUCUAGUUUUGCAGGGUGUUUAGUGUGACAUGGCAGUAGCUCAGAACCUUGAAGGAUCACAUAAGUCAGUCUUAGCCAAUUGUUAAACAGUCACUAUUAUCCACUCAGUCUGGUGAACAGUAGGUCUGAACUAUUUCAAUCCAGCCUGUCUUCCCUCAACCAAAUAGGCUGUAUUAGGCAAUACAAAGGUGUAGCAUAAAUGUAUUGAUAAAAACUUGCUCAUAAGGAAGCUGAGCUACAUUUUGCAUUUUCUACAAGGUGGAAAAAACUUUGUAAACAGUUUUACUGUGGAUGCUAGUGUACUCUUCCAGUUAGGAAGCAAAAUGGUUGACUGACUCAGCAGGAUCCAUUUUGCUAGAGGAACUGCAACAAGAACCAAGCAAUACCCGUUUUCUUGUGCAGGGACCGGGACUUCCCUGCUGUGAUAGAAGCCGGACGCGAGGGGAUUGCCUUCAGACCUCAGGUUGGGGAGGACCGGGUUAGAGAGCUUCUGGAGGCUGGACGCGUUCAAG